UGGGUACCGGGCUGGAUAAAACACCGUCCCCAGGUCAAAUCGAAGUCUCUCAGGCUUAAUUUGUAUUUUUUUUUUUACUCUUUUUUAUUUUAUUCUUUUUAUAUUGGGCAAAACGCACAAUGUCAUCCUCGCUCCCUUCAUCCCUCCGGCGGGCGGCCGCUCCCCUCCGUAGAACACUCGCCACGGUGACAGCAACAUCCGCGACAAACACAAAGUCUUGCAGAACAUAUGCAACAAUACCCUCAAAGGACAGCGAUCCUACGGCAAGUGCAAGCAGCGCCGAUUCAGCAGCAGCGUCAGUCACAUCCCAGCAACCAACAUCGAAAUCUUCCCGCCCAACAUACUUCAAAGACACGUCUGUCGCCUCCUUCUCCGACUUUCUCGCCACAUCAUCCCCGGCAGCUCCCUUGUCUCCAUCUGAGGCCUACACCCUUCGCACCGCCGAGGUCGGCCCUGUCGGUCGCAAGAAGACCAUCACACGCCUGCCGGAAUGGCUGAAGACACCGAUACCAAACCCGGGGUCCAACGAAAACUUUCGCAGCAUCAAGGCCGACCUUCGCGGCCUGGGGCUGCACACAGUUUGCGAGGAGGCUCGUUGUCCGAAUAUCUCCGACUGCUGGGGUGGUAGCUCCAAGGCCGCCGCCACCGCAACCAUCAUGCUCAUGGGCGACACCUGCACACGUGGAUGCCGUUUCUGCAGCGUCAAGACCAGCCGGGCCCCGGCACCCCUCGACCCGCACGAGCCCGAGAAUACCGCCGAGGCCCUGGCCCGCUGGGGACUGGGUUACGUUGUUCUGACUUCGGUCGACCGUGACGAUCUUGCGGAUGGCGGCGCCAGGCACUUUGCCGAGACCAUUCGGAAAAUCAAGGCCAAGAAGCCGACGUUGCUGGUCGAGGCUUUGACGGGUGAUUUCCAGGGCGACCUGGAGAUGGUCAGAAUGGUGGCCGACAGUGGUCUGGAUGUGUAUGCGCACAACGUGGAGACGGUCGAGGGUUUGACCCCAUACGUGCGUGAUCGCCGUGCUACCUUUAGGCAGAGCUUGAAGGUGUUGGCUGAGGUCAAGAGGCACAAGGGCGAUGAUAUCAUCACCAAGACCAGCAUUAUGUUGGGUCUGGGUGAGACGGAGGAGGAGCUGUGGGAGGCGCUCAGGGAACUCCGCAAAGCUCAGGUUGAUGUAGUGACCUUUGGUCAGUACAUGCGUCCGACAAAGCGUCACCUCAAGGUAGAGAAAUACAUAACGCCCGAUGACUUCGAAUUGUGGCGCCAGCGCGCGCUGGACAUGGGAUUCCUGUACUGCGCCAGCGGGCCACUUGUGCGAUCAUCUUAUAAGGCCGGAGAGGCGUUUAUUGAAAACGUGCUGAAGAAGCGGGCGGGCGAGAAGGCAGCAGCAGCUGCUGCCGCCGCUUCAGGUACCACUGCAAACGCCACCAAGCUGGAUCCUUCCACUCUGCAAUGAGGGUGGGAACGACAAUGUGCACAUAAAUGGGAAUAGACGGGUUUUAUAGUUUACUUCGAUUACAUGUAUUAAUCUUCAACAUGACGGAAAAUAGGGAAUGGCGGAUUAUUUAGAGCAUCUGGGCGGCGUCAUAUCAAACGCUACAGUCACCUUGUCGACGUGACACGAUAUUUUGACAACAUUAGAAGCUCACUUCAACAAGACCUUCUAAUGAGAAAUGGUUUCGACAUUGGUUGAACUUUAUGUGUAUCAUCUAUGUCUUUCUAUUCUACUCUGGUCGCCCA